CGGAUCCCGGGCGCGCGCCGCCGCUGCUGGGCACCGGGACGCUCACCGGCGCCCGGCGCUGCUUCCCUGUGUCCCCCCUCCCCCCUUCCCCGUUACUUGCUCUUUAUUUCUUCAAAUUAUGUGUUAACAUUUCCUGUAUACCAGUCACCAGCUAAGUCGUGGGGACAACGCAAAAAAAAAAAAAAGGGAAAAACACGCCCCACCAUGCCGCCCUGGGACUCACAGACUGAGGGAGAAAGACUUUCAUUAGAGAACCUCUGACAUACUGUUCGUGUGAGGUGACAGCUUUGGGACGUGCUGGGGAGAAGCGUGUGCUCUACGAGAGCUCCGACUAGCGGAGCGCGGACCAAGCGGGGCCAGGAGGUCUCCCCGGGGCAGCCGCGCGCGCCGGAGGCUGGGGACGGGCCGGCGGGCCGGGGUCGGGGAGGUGUCCCGGUGCCGAGCCCCGAGGCAGAGCCCCCCUGGGAGACAGCCGCGGGGGGGAGACGCGCAAACGCGCCCACGACAUUGAAAUCCGCGCCUCGGAGCGCCGCUCGGUACCGCUGGGCUCGUUCCGGAGCCGAGCCCCGGGAACGGUGAGGGCGAGGCUGCAGGUGGAAGAACCCGUUCGCCUCGGGCUUUCUGGUGCGAUUCCCUUCACCCGGAAGGAACUGGGGACGGUGACUGUCCCCCGGGCUCCGAAGUCACUAACGCGGCCGUGUUCGCUUUCUUUCAGUCCUGGUAUGAGCCGCUAACGUCAUGGUGAAAUGCUGCUCGGCGAUCGGAUGUGCCUCCCGCUGUCUGCCCAACUCCAAGCUCAAAGGCCUGACUUUUCACGUGUGAGGCUCUUCUCUGUCGUUAAGCCGAGGACUUCCAAAAGCCAGACGCAGUUUGGCUUCACUCUUAAGUUUUGGACUUCAGUUCCCCCGUUCUUUUUUAAAUAACCUUCCCGCUUAAAAUGUGAAGCGACGGUGAUAGCCUUACGCUUUUAAUUGGGUUCAGAAGAUUCCCCACAGAUGAGAAUGUAAAAAGAAAAUGGGUAUUAGCGAUGAAAAGACUUGAUGUGAAUGCUGCAGGCUUUUGGGAGCCUAAAAAGGGAGAUGUGUUGUGUUCAAGGCACUUUAAGAAGACAGAUUUUGACAGAAGUGCUCCAAAUAUUAAACUGAAACCUGGAGUCGUACCUUCUAUCUUUGAUUUCCCACCUCACUUACAGGGGAAAAGAGAACAACUUCCUUGUAGAAAACACUUUAUCCUCAAAACCCUUCCAGUCACAAACCACAAUCACAAGCUUGUUGGUGCUUCCACGUGUAUCGAAGAAUUUCGAUCCCAGUUCAUUUUUGAACAUAGCUACAGUGUAAUGGACAGUCCAAAGAAACUUAAGUAUAAAUUAGAUCAUGUGAUCAGCGAGCUAGAGGAUACCAAGAAAAGUCUGCGGAAUGUUUUAGACCGAGAAAAACGUUUCCAAAAAUCAUUGGGGAAGACAAUCAGGGAAUUAAAGGAGGAAUGUCUCAUCAACCAAGAAACAGCAAAUAGACUGGAAGCUUUUUGUUGGGAGUAUUGUCAGGAGAGCAUAGAAUGAGACUAUAUUUCAUGAAAUAAUUUCACGUUAUGUUUAACUUAAAAUUUUUAGAAAGUAAUUCUUAUUUACCAUCAUUAAAUACUGUCUAUCAUUUAGAGUGCUUCUUUGGAUCCUCUUCAGCAUUAAGCAUUAUAGUUGUUAUCCAAAGACGGUUUUUGAAGACAUGCAGAAAUUUGUGUUAGUUCUCAUGUUUUGGUGUGACUUGUGACAAUUAUGUUUUUAUAUACCUAGACUAGUGCCAGGUCAUUGUUGUAAGUGAAAAGAUCCAGAACAUUCCUCUGGACUGAGGAAAUGAUAUCAUAUCAGCAUGUGAAGCUGUGGUGGUAGGAACUGAGCACUUCUUCAGCAGAAGCAGACUUUUCACUUCAGGAAUACUUUCAUUGUUUACAUAGGCACUCUUUAUGGUAAAUAUGUUCAAUUACACUUUAAAUGUAUCUUACUGUAAAGCAGAAUUUAUAACACAUGUCAAUCUUGGAUCCAUGCCAAGGUGCUUUUGUUAUCAGUAAUACCAAAAGAUCUUUUUACAAGACAUCUCAUGGUACUGACCCUGAGAACAGCAUAUGGUACAGAACUUUAGGCUUUUAAAGUUGUCCAGAGACAAGUUAAGAAGACCCCUGGACAAGGUCUGUUUUCAAUACAGUACAUUGUUCUUCCUCACUAUGAGUAAUUUGGUGUAAACCUGUGUAGCUUUAAAAAUUUCAGAAGGGGUCAUAAAUCUGAUUUUUCUAAUAGCUAGUUACUCUGACAGUUCUGAACAUUCUUUUUUUUUUACUGGAAUUUCAUCAUAUGCGAUAGUAGUUGGAAUUUUUGAGUGUCAAUUAUUUCAGUGUGUUAACUAGAAAUGAACUGCAUUUUAUGCUAAAAUGUUCAUUAUAAUUUUAUUUGUGAUAUAUUAAUAUCAAUAAGGAUAUGGUCACUUGAAUUUUAUUAUAUUUAAGAAUUCUCUGUUUUAAUGCAUGUUAUAUUUUUAUAUAGGAUUCCAAACCUUCCCCCUGAAUGGGAUGUGACCCACAUUUGACGGAUCAGCAUUAUGCUAAGAAAUCACUGAGGUCAUAUAUUUUUGCUACCUUAAAAAAAAAAAAUUCAUUAGUUACCCAUUAUUUAUUUUAGUUAUUUAAUUUUGAAUUCAUAAU